CAUAGGAAGUAAGAAAGAAUGGGAGGAAAGAUACUUGUUCUGUCAUUCUUAUCGUGUUUGUAUUAUCUCUGAGCGAUAUAUUAUAUGCGGGGCUCCUUGCGAGCGUUGCAGUAUAACCGUUGCGGUUCGUGUCAACGUCCGGCAGGCGCGCUAGCUCUCUGUCGGAUUGGAUUAAAGAUAUUCGUGAAUCAAACUUGUCAAAGUUUACUCUGAUGUUGACCUAUUGCGGAACAGAGUGAAACCCGUGAUCGGUGAAGGUAACGACGCGACAGACCACCUGUCCUCUCCGUCAGUGUGACCCGCGACUUCGUGGAUCGCGCACCACGAUCUCUCGUGGAAAAAGAAAAAGAAAAGAAAAGAGUAUCGGAAACGGCGGGAUGCACGUGCGUGUCCGGUUGUUUCUAUCUGCCUCUAUCUGAAAUAGACUGAAAAUAACAAACACUGUGUCAUAAUCUGAUAUGAGAAAAAUAGUUAGAUAAAGGCGAGUCGAUAAUGAUCUAUAAUUGUGGCUUAAAACGCAACGUAUUGUACAAUAUUUCAGAAUACGCGCGUCAACGAUGCGAUAGAGCAGAAUGGGACUUAUUCUGCGGCAAAACAAGGCGCUGCCAGUUAUUGGUAAAACGCACAGUCAGCACAACGACAGGAGCUGUUCUCAUAAAAAGCUACUAACAUUGCGUGGAAAGUUCGGAACGACGAUUAAAAAUCAAAUUGCGGACUCCGACGCAUCUAGAGCAGAGAAAGGACGAAGAGGAGGACCAGACCGCGAAGAAUGUCAUAGGCUUAACAUCGAUCAACGAGUCGACACGAUAUAGGAAGAAUAAUGCUUGACAAGAUUUUUGUCACACCUAAAACGCCAUCCACGAGUUGAAUUUGUGGUACACCGGUAACGCUAGUUAAUAAUCGGCUGCGACGGAGUGUGUUGACCUUUUUAAUUAGAUAAAAAAAAAUACCUGAAACAAUAAUAAGCCAUUAAAUAAACGAUUAAAAGAAUAAUAGCAAUUGACUUAGAUAAAUAAACAAAUAAGAGAACAAUAUUAUAAGGGAAAAAAUUAAGUAACGAGAAGCAUAGGACAAUUUGAUCCUUUGAUCUCUCGGAAAAUGUACUCGUCGGCAUUUAUCAGUAAGACGUGUCUGGCGUUUCUAUUCCUGCUGUACUUCGUCGGAAUGGAUUUGUUACUUUAUUUCCGAGUACAGGAUUACGAUGUACGUCCAUCCGUGAACGACACGCGAGCUUCAUCGUAUCGUUCGCCGAUCUUGUGCGAUCUAAAUCCGAUUUGCACGGUGACGGUGAAGGCCAUGACGUUGGAUCACCCUAAUCACUAUGUUCUGAGCCCCCUGGCAUCCCUAGUGGAUUAUUUACUAGGCAUUAGUCGUUCCUGGAUAUGGCUGACGCCAAACGCCAUCAGCGUUUCUCAUGUAGCGGUGGCUGUAAUCGGCGCCCGUUACAUCACACGGAGUUCCCUCUUUUACAGACGGAUAGGUGUCAUUCUAUUCCAAGUCAGAACCUGGCUGGAUGAUCUGGACGGCCAUGUGGCGAGGAUGAGGCUCAACGUCAAGGGUGAGAGAUCGGACGUCGGCUCUAUCGGUUAUCUCGUGGAUGGCGUCUGCGACGGUCUCGGCUGCAUUGCUCUCGCCGUCGCGGUGUUCUUUUUCCUGAGGCGCAACUCUAAUCACCGCGCCGGUUAUGAGUUACUGCCCAUCCGGACGUUAUCGUCAUCGUCAUUGUCGUCACACAAUUCCGUUUCCUCCACCUCGUUCUGGAAAUCACCUCUGUACAACAUGCUGAUGGUGGGUCUGCACUUUUCCCUGACAAGCAUCGCUUGGAACCGGUAUAUAUCCGUGUACCAGGAUCUUCUAGAGACUGACAUCUCUUCGACGAUCAGCCGAGAGGAUCUCUAUGAUAGACAAACUGUCGUUUUCAGAAGUUCCUCUUUCUGGGCUAUCGCCCUCGCAUGGAAGAUCUUUAACUUCCACGCAAUGAUGGAUUAUUUUCUUCUGGCAAUAUUUUUGGAUCGUAUUUGGGAAUACAUUAGACUCGCGUGGUGGCAGCUACCCACAGUGUUGUUUCUGCUUAUCCUUAUCAGCGAACUUCACUACACGUACACUUAUGUGGAAAUAUUGUCGUAUCUUCUUGAAGCAGGAUGGUGUGCAGAUGGGAAAAAGAUCGGCAUUACGGAGCCGAGAAGAGUCGCGGUUACUUCUCUGGCAAAUCGCGUGGCCGACGAACGUAAUUGUAUUUUAGGGACCACCGUCGGUUAUUGCAUACGCUUCGAUGAUUACACUGAUGAAACAACUAGGAUUAAGUACAUGACAGAGGGUAUUCUCCUAAGAGAAUUAAUGAGAGAUCCGUUAUUAACAAGCUACUCGGUCAUUAUCCUGGAUGAAGUGCACGAGAGAACCCUCUUGACUGAUAUCAUAAUGGGGCUGCUGAAAAAAAUAAUCAGGAAACGGAAGAGUUUGAGAAUUAUCGUAUCGUCAGCGACGGUUGACGCGGAGGAACUUCGAGAUUUCUUUAACGUAAAUACGACGAAAGACUCGAGUAAAAAUAGCGCGGUUAUCAUGAGCGUCGAGGGGCGAUUGUAUCCGGUGGAUGUAUUUUUUCUCAAAGAAUCGGUGGCGAAUUAUGUUAAUGGUGUAGUAGACACAGCUCUAAAAAUACAUGAUUCGGAAGAAUCGGGUGAUAUCCUAGCGUUCCUCACAGGACUUGAUGAAGUCGAUCAAGCCGUAUCUCUUUUAUCGGAACACGCAAAGCUCAUAAAGGAUGACAAACAGAAAUUGCUUCCUUUGCCGAUGUACGGAUCGCUUCCGAAUGCGGAACAGCUUAAGGUAUUUUGGAGGGCCGCUAAAGACACUCGCAAAGUUAUCGUAGCGACAAAUAUCGCGGAAACGUCUAUUACCAUUCCAAAUAUCGUUUACGUAAUCGAUUGCGGUUUUGUCAAGAUACCUUGGUUUGAAGCGGAAACGCAGACGAAUAGUCUCGUUAUCGUGCCCAUAUCGAAAGCUUCCGCCAACCAAUUAUACACGGAAGAGGCUUACGCUGAAUUGUUCGAAGCUACUCCACCGGAAAUGCAGCGGUCAGAUUUGGCACCAGCGAUACUGCAACUGAAGGCUCUGGGCAUCGAUAAUGUAUUGCGUUUCAAUUUUCCAUCCGCGCCGCCCAGUAAAAAUCUAGUUACGGGAUUGGAAUUGCUUUACGCAUUAGGUGCGAUCGACAGUAACGGAGAUUUGACGGUGCCAUUAGGUCUUACGAUGGCGGAGAUGCCGUUGGAGCCGGUGUUGGCGAAAUCCUUAAUCACAUCUGGUGAAAUGGGAUGCUCCGAGGAAAUCACGACAAUAUUCGCCAUGCUACAAGUUCAAAACGUUUUCAUACAACCCGGCGGAGGGCAAGCGGUUCUAAAAGCAAGAAUAGCUCAUCGCAAAUUCGAAGUAGAAGAAGGAGAUCUUCUUACCUUGUUGAAUGUUUACACAGCUUUUGAACAGAAUAAAACACCCGCUUGGUGUCAGAAAUAUUUCCUUAAUCACAAAGCUUUGCGGAGAGCUACGGAAAUUCGCGUGCAGAUACAUAAAAUGCUGAAACGCUUAGACAUUCCACUGGUAUCCUGCAAUGGGAAUGUUCAACAAAUUCUUAAGUGUCUGACCGCUGGUCUCUUUCCUAAAGCGGCGUAUCUGCAUUAUACAGGCACGUAUAGAACGGUUCGGGGGAAUAAGGAUUUGUACAUUCAUCCAAAUAGUUGCUUAUAUACUCUACAGCAGCCACAAUGGUUACUAUUUUGUGAAAUUUUGCAAACAAACAAAACUUACAUGAAGGACUUGACUGUCAUUCAGCCAGAAAUGUUGUUAGACGCGGCACCACAUUUUUACGAGAGAACGUCUCUUGAAUCUGUUUAGAAUUGAUAAUUUAAGAAUAAAAAUUUUAUAA